AUGUUCCAUACCUUUGAGGGUUUUGAGAAUCCGGGGCCAGCGAUGCCGGUCCGAAGACCCAGCAAUGAGCGCCGCGAGUCUGUUGGUCGUAGGGUCACUACUCUACGCGCCUGUACUUCUUGUCGCCAUCGCAAAAUUAAAUGCGAUGGUGAGAAACCUUGUGAGGCUUGCCGGUGGUAUAAGAAAGCGGAUCAAUGUCAUUACUCCGACCCAAGACCUUCAAGAAGACAUGUCGAGAAAUUGUCCACCACUUUGGAUGAAUAUCGCAGCGUGCUGGGAAAGCUCUUUCCCGACAUGGCCCCAGAGUCUCUUGUCAGUCUCUCCCGAGAGAAACUGCUCGAGCUGACCACCGGUUCAUCUUCCUACGUGGCUAACGCGCCGCGUCCUGCGUCCCCUGCGACUUCGGGCUCAGUGGAGGCUCAUGUGUCUCCACUCUCGCAUGAAGAUGACAAUCUCGAAUCUUUGCAAAGCAUGCCCGAAGAACUAGAUGACGGUCGACAACCCAGCUCCGGCGAGCUGGUGGAGGGUGUUUCUGACGAUGUGAAUGCCCUCUCCCUCUCUGCUCGACCAUCAUCGUCUUAUCUGGGUGUAUGCUCCAUCCAGGCGGUGCUCAAAGUCAUCGUCUGGCUUGAUCCGGGGGCUGCAUCCUACUUCACUCAAAUCCCACCCACUCGGCCAUGCGACGGCGGUCUCGACUAUGACACCCAGCAUGCGUGGAACCAAGCGCCCGUCACACCACCAAACCUUGCAAUCCCUUCGACGGAGAUGCAAAUGCUCGACGCAUAUUUCCUGUAUUUCCAAUCUUUUGCCCCGAUGAUUGAUGAACAAAUGUUCCGCGAGACUUACAUCACAGGUCUCCGGAGAGACGAUCACUGGCUUGCCCUCUUGAAUAUUGUGCUUGCUUUAGGAAGCAUUGCCGCCUCGGGACCAGACGACAUGACACACCAAACAUACUUCCUACGAUGCAAGAGUCACUUGAACCUCAGCUCUCUGGGAAGCUCCCAUCUGGAGACUAUCCAAGCUUUGGGACUGAUCGGUGGUUGGUAUUGCCACUAUAUCAGCCAACCGAACCUCGCAUACUCUCUCAUGGGCGCUGCGCUCAGAAUGGCGGCAGGGCUGGGUCUACACAAAGAAUUCGUAGAAGCCCGCCAGGCACCAAAUUCAGCAAAACUCGCCUCCAUAGAUCUGAAGCGCCGAGUCUGGUGGUCUCUCUUCUGUAUGGAUACUUGGGGAGGGAUGACGCUUGGCCGUCCGAGUAUGGGCCGCUUUGGUCCAAACAUCACCGAAAAUGUUCUCGAGAUCCUGCCAUUGGUGGAAAAUAUUCGUUUUGCCAAGAUCGCAUCACAGGUCCAGGAAUCCCUCGCAGCGGCACCCCUCGUGAAGCACCAGGAAAUGUCGCAUGCAGAUAUCCUACUCCUCGAUUGGUGGGCGAAUCUACCGCCGGUCCUCAAAGACCACGAACCGUGCUCCGAGUCAAUCAGCACCGUCCGAACCGUCAUGCGCUGGCGAUAUCUUAACCAGCGCAUGCUUCUCUACAGACCUACCCUUUUGAGCUACGCUAUGCGGCGCGUCCCAUAUAUUGCUCUACGAUCAGAAGAACGCACGGCCAUCGAGAAAUGUCGGGAAAUCGCCGAGCUGUCUAUCCAGAAUAUCGCUGCUACAGCCCAGCUCAACCAGCUCUGUGGCUGGAAUGCUGUCUGGUGGACUUUCCAGGCUUCUCUGGUGCCGCUGCUCGGACUUUUCUUAAAUGACCCCACGAGUGAUGAUCCCCGUGCUUCGAUCGAGUCUUGUCAGGCACAAGUUGAGACGGCCAUGGCAACCCUGGCGCGCAUGCAAUCAUACGGACAUACGGCGAAAGGGUCUCUUGAUGCUGUCUCGCGUAUAUACGAGGCUAGUAAGCGGGGUAAAGAUCUCACCACGUUCACUUCUGCAGCUGGUCUCUCCACGAGCAUCUAUUUCGCCGGUCGGGAUGUGCCGUUGUUCCCGUCGCCCGAGUCCGCACAUAUGAGAGUUUCUCUAGGAGCAAAUGGAAUCGCCGAUCCAUUAUCGACGCCAUUUAUUGAUGACUCUGGUCAAUAUUUGUGGGAGUAUCUCAGCUGGAGCGACAGUAACCUGUGGCCUGGACUUACCGAUCUUGAGACCCGUGCAGAGGCGAUGGCGCUUUUGACUCCGAAUCAUGAGAAGGGUCCCAAAUUUGGGAGUCAACCGUAUUUUGAGCAUAUGCCGGAUCCAUAUUUCGUCAAUCCUCCGCUUUAUUAUUGA